AUGGCGUCUUCGUCUCGCUCGGAGAAACGAUGCCUCUACGAGGUUCUCGGAAUCAGCAAGGAAUCAUCGCCGGACGAGAUUCGAUCCUCCUAUCGGCGUUUGGCUUUGCAGCGUCAUCCCGACAAGCUAAUCAAGGCCGGUGGAAUAACGGAGGCUGAAGCCACCGCGCAGUUCCAAGAGCUCGUCCACGCCUACGAGGUGUUAUCCGAUCCCAAGGAGCGAGCCUGGUACGAUUCCCACCGAUCCCAGAUUCUAUUCGCCGGCCAUGGCGCCGACGGUGGCUCGAAAUCUCGCGGAAUGCCUGGCGGCUCCGUUCCGGAUCUAUUCGCUUUCUUCUCCGCCACCGUCUAUUCCGGGUACUCAGACACCGGGAAGGGAUUCUACAAGGUGUAUUUCGAUGUGUUCAACAGUGUUUACCUCAACGAGAUCAAAUUCGCGAGGACGUUAGGGAUGAGCUUGGACUCUGUGAAGGAAGCUCCGAUCAUGGGGAAUUUAGAGUCUCCGUACGCUCAGGUGACGGCGUUUUACAAUUACUGGUUAGGUUUUUGCACUGUGAUGGAUUUCUGCUGGGCGGAUGAGUAUGAUGCGAUGUCUGGACUCAACCGGAAGUCGAGAAGGUUGAUGGAAGACGAGAACAAGAAGGUGAGGAAGAAAGCCAAGAGAGAGUAUAACGAGACGGUGAGACGUCUGGCGGAGUUUGUGAAGAAGAGGGACAAGAGAGUGAUUGACAUGAUGGUGAAGAAGAAUGCGGAGAUGGAGAAGAAGGCGGCUGAGGAGAGGGAGAGGAAGAAGAAGAUUGAGAAGGAGAAGUUAGAGAGAGCUAUGAAGUAUGAGGAGCCUGAUUGGGCAAAGGCUCAGGAGGGAGAUGAGGAAGGGGCCGAAGAGGAUGAUGAUGAUGAUGCGAAUAAGAAGAAUGAGCAGCUCUAUUGCAUUGUUUGUAGCAAGAAGUUCAAGAGUGAGAAGCAGUGGAGAAACCACGAGCAGUCGAAGAAGCACAAAGAGAAAGUGGCGGAGUUGAGAGAGUCGUUUGAGGAAGAAGACGAAAAGCACAGAGAAGUUGAGGAAGAGAAUGAGCUCCAUGAGAAGUUUCAGGAGGGGCUGAAUCUAGACGAUGGUGAAGAAGAAGAAGAAGUGGAAGAAAAGGAUGUUGUAGGUGAAGCUGAUGAAACUGAUGAGGAGUAUUUUAUGGCAGAGAAGGAGGAUGUGAAAGGAUCUAGUGAAAGUGAGGACGAGGAUGGAGAUGAUGACGAGAUGUCUCUACUCAAGAAAAUGGUAUCUGGGCAGAAGAAGAAGCGAAAGAACGUUGUGUCAAGGGAAGAAGAAGAAGUUCAAGUGGAGAUUGAGAGCGACACAGAAGAGUUUGAUAAACAGAGAGCCACAGGUAUGAGCAGAAAAGGCAAGAAGGAGAGAAAUAAACAGAAUGCUGUGAAAGACACGACAGAUGAUGCCAGCAAAGUAGACGAAGGUAAUACAGAUGACAAUGUGGAUGCAACGAACUCAGCUUCUGGAGCGUUUGAGGAUUCUUCUCAAAAGGAUGAGCCGGAUGAGCCGGAAGUAAUGGAGUAUGAUAACAGGAAGAGCACAGGGAGGAGGCGCAGAAGUAAGAAGGGUAAAGAUAAGAACAAUCUUGGAGGGUUAACGGAGAAGAGCAGUGAAGCGAAUGAUCGAAAUGGAGGAGAGAAAGAAGAAUCUCAUUCAGAAACGUUUGAGGAUCGAAGUGAAUAUAUGGAAAUCAAGAAGGCUCCCAGAUCGAAGAAAUCAACGAGAGGAAUGAAAACAAAGGGCGGAUCAAAGAAGACUAGUAACGAAUGCGAUAGAUGUGGAGAAGAGUUUGAGACAAGGUCAAAACUAUUCAAGCAUAUAGCUGAUACCGGUCAUGCCACAGUGAAAUCCCGAUGA